AUUGCGGCACACUACUGCAGAAGCUAACAUCCUGCCUUCCUUAUCUCUUGAGGCUACAGCCAAUCAGAGAUAAGGAAACAAAAUGGAGCGCCAGGAUUGGCUGCUAAUCAUGUAGCAUUGUAUCUGUGACAUUUUUCUUUUGAAUAUUUUAUUGUCACCUUCCAAAAAUAAUGUUGUCAUUUUUUUUGCUAAAAAAAUUUUCUUUCUUUUUUUUUAACCUAAAUCAUCGUGGACAGUUUUCUACACUUCAUUUGAAUCCUGAAGGAAUACGUUCAUUAACAGAAGUUGUAAAAAACUCAGUAAGUGACCAAGAACUAUGAAAAGGUCAACUGAACUACUUAACUGCGUAGUUGCGGUUGCCAUAUUGGAUUUUGUGCAGCACAGCUAACACUAGCAUAGCACAGCUAGCUAGUAAUGCUAAUGCUAGCUUUUACGUAAACGGCAACCGCAAAUACACUAUUAAAAUAAUUUGUCGAAACUUUUCUUUAACUUUAACCUUUCUAAAAGAAAGUCUACAUAUUUUUGUGAGUAUUUGUGUAAAGUUACACUUCUUUGUUUUUCGGUCGACAUUUCCCGCCUCAUGUAGCCAGCUGAACCCAGAAAGUUCUCCUCUCCUGAUUCUAUACUUGUGAUCCGUGGGCUUAAAUAUUUGGCGUUAAAAUAGAAGUUAUGCAGGUGCCAUUCUUCUGGGUUUUAUUGUGUCGGAGUUGUUUUUUGUAGAUGUGUAGAUAUGAACCUCACAAUAAACUAUAGAAAGUCAUCUGUGUUUUCUCAGCGCAGAAAUGAAACAAUAAUCUCUCCUUGCAGGAGAAACUCAAACAGGGAGCAGCUUUUUACUCUCCGGUCCCGCCUCCGCCUCCUCCUCCUCCUCUUCCUCCUGUGUGCAGGAAUGGGGAGGGCAAGAAGUUAAAAAGAGUCCACCUCUGAGCCAUUGUUCUAGUUCUGGAGCUCUGGAGACGGGUCGGGAAGCGGCUGCUGCGCUGCUGGUACCGGACGGCGGUCUGUCGUUAUGACGGGCUCCGGUCCGAAGCUGGGCGUCCUGCUGCUUGUGGCGGUUCUGCUGCAGACGGUGGUCGUCACCAUCACGGUGCUGCACUUCACCUCGGCUCUAAACUCGAUGAAAGAGACAUUCGCCAGGAGCAGCGUUUCCUGUCUAACAGGCUCCGACCUGCAGAGCAUCACUGCUGUACGAGGAGAUCCAUGCUGGCAGGUGACCCAGCAGCUUCACCUGCUCAUCGAAAAGUCUCUGUCUCAGCGCUACCAGAGGCGGAUUUCAUCAGCCGUGAGAGAUGAAGUGUCCCGUGUUUUGCCCUCACUAGUGAUGGAGGACAGGGCUUCACCUCGCCCCAAAGUUGCCGCUCAUGUCACGGGAAGUUUUGUGCCCAAACUGGAGCGAGACGGAGGAGAUGCAGUUCCUGCAGGGCGACGCGUUCAGGGCCAGAAGAUUUCUUGGUGGGAGGGUCAGAAGGGCCUGGCCUUCCUGCAGGACGUCCAGCUGCUGGAUGGGGAGCUGGUGGUGUCGCAGCCUGGCCUCUACUACGUCUACGCCCAGACGUACUUCAGGCACACCCACUCCCUGGAGGAGAACGGCGAGGAGGCGGAGGAUCGGGGGAAACCCCUGCUGCAGUACGUCUACAAAAAGGUGAACUCCUACCCGGUUCCCAUCCUGCUGAUGAAGACCAGCCGGACCUCCUGCUGGUCCCGCGGUUCCGACUUCUCUCUGCACUCCGCCCACCAGGGGGGGCUGUUCCCGCUCACCACCGGCGACCGCCUGUUCGUGACUGUGACCAACGCCUCUGCUGUGGACAUGGACGAGAAGAGCAGCUUCUUCGGAGCGUUUCUCAUCAGUUAGAGGGCCGAUCGACGCCGAUCGACGCCGAUCGAGGUUUUGUUAAAAUCGAUCAAACUGCUGCAAGCGUCAGACUCUCCUGAGGAAAUUCCUCUUUUGUCUUACGGGAUCAAAAAACUUUGAUGACACUGGUUGGCAGAAGAGACCAAACACGAUAGUUUGGAUUGUGGGUAAACUGAGACCGGACUCAACAGUCUCUGCUCAGCAAAGACAAAAUCUGAAGAACUUUUCUGGUCUGAUGAGGUCCAGAACCGGUUUCCACAGAAACUGAAUGACUUCUGCUUCAAAUACCUUUUUAAAAAACUGCUAUUUCACAAUUUUAUUACAGUAAAUAUUUAUAUUUUUACCCCCUAAACACUUUAGACAUCUGAGCCUGGGUUUAUUUUAAAUUAUAUCAAAACAAUGUGUUUGUGCCAUCUGGCAGAUGAAAAGAAUUACAUAGGGAUGGUUCAUUUGAAAAUAGCACUUACAACUGACAUAAAUUAGAAUUUUUGAUAUAAAAAAUAAUGUAAUUAGUUAUAAUUGGACAUAACUCCAACCACCAGGUGGCGGUAAAGUGCUUCCAUUAUAAUCGCAAACAAAUAGGGAGCAAAUUCACAUUUAACCACCAGGUGGUGCUGUUUAGUCCUGAUUUCUGGGGACUGAAGGAAAUGAUGUGCUACUGUCGUUUAAAACAUUACACAUUACCACAAACAGAAGGAGAAGAAUUAUAUUUAAAAUGUUAUCACUUAUAUAAGUUCAUCCUUUACAGAAGGAAGAUCUAAAUUUAACAGACAAAAUAAAAAUUAAUUUAAACUGAAACAUGAACUGCUUAACUUUUAUUUGUCUAAUCUAUCUGACAUUGUUUCCAAAAAUAUUUUCAUGACCCUCAAAGCUUAGUAACACUUUCACUCAAAAAUAUGGCAAAUAAAAAGCAGAGCGCAUUGUGCACAAAAUAUAAGAAUAAAAAAAAGUUUGGAUUGUCUA